UGCCCCUCCUUCAUUCUUGAAGAGGACCAUGACGUUAGGAGGUGAUAUCAUGACUUGCAAUGAAUUGGAUUUAAGUGAGAGAGGGCUGUGCAGUCACCAACCUUAUUCUUUCUGGAGCCCUCUGGGUCCCAUGGCAAGAUAUACAUCAGGAUAACUGGAGAUGGCCCCAAAUGUUUAAGGUAAUUGGGGUUAAGUGACUUGGCCAUGGUCACAUAUCUAGUAAGUGUCUAAGGUGAGAUUUGAACUCAGGUCCUCUCAACUUCAGGGCCAGUGCUCUAUCUACUGCACCACCUAGCUUUGGUGGGUAGUGGAAAAGACUGGAGGAAGGAGGAGACCAGUUGGUGGCUCCUGUCAGAGCCCAGAGGUCAAGUACUGAGGAGGUGAGCUAGGGCAGGAAGAGGGGAAGGAAGGGGGGCGAGUGUGUCCAGGAAACUGGCUAGGGCCACAGAUGGAAAUGAGAAACUGCUGCAGGCAAGGGAGUGAGAGAAGAGUGUUUCUUGUCCUUCCUCCCCAAGCUGUUCCUUCAAGGUUUGAGUUGGUCUCAGGAGACCCAGGAGCAGAGAGCUCUUGUGGCCUGUGGGAGGUCUCCUGAGCUUAUCAGAAAACUCUUAGGUGCCUUAGUGCCAUGCUCCACAUGGCCCUUAGAAACAAUAGCCACUUCAGCAAAGCCAAGGAUAUUAGAGCCAUCAGGGACCCUGGAGGGAUGCUAGUCCAACCCCUUUAUUUUAUAGGCGACUGAGGCCCAGUGAGGUCACCUAGCAAGACAAUCACAGUGAAGGGGGUGGGGGGACUAGAACCCAAGCUUCCUAACUCCCCAUGUCCAUUUCUUUUUUCCCUUCAUUACUUUGCCCCUGGUUGAGGGUUAGGUACUCAUGACUGGGGAACAAGCAAUAACCUUGCAACCUUUCCUUUCACUCUAAAUCCUAUCACACUCAUACAGGCCUGAACUUUGUCUUUCCCCAAACUCCUUGUCUUGCUGCCCCUUUGAUAAUCCUUCACAGGGUCUGAAUACAACAACCAUUAGCAAAUGUCUGCCGAAGAAGCUGUUGUUUGGCCAAGGAGGCCGCAAUGGAGAGAACUUUGAAAUGAAGUAGACGCAGUAGGAAGGGCUUUGUUGCUCAAAACUUUGAAAUAAUUUAGGUUUUCUUUAUCACAGAUUUAGAACUAGAACCAACUUUAGAGGCCAUUAAAUCCCACCCUCUCAUUUUAAAGAUGAGGAAACUGAGGCCCAGAGAAUUUACGUGACUUCCCCAAGGUUGCACAGUUAGUAUGUUUGAGGUCAAAUUUAGACUCUGGUCUUUCUGCUUCCUCAUCUAUCACCUGUCCACUGCACCAGGGUAGUCAAAAGAUCUGAGUUCGAAUUCUGUCACUUAACACUUGCUUUACCUUGGACCACUGUUUCUCAUCUAAAAGAACAGGGCUGAGCCAGAUGAUUUCUAAGGUUCUUUUCAGUUCAAAAAAUAAGGAAAUAAUCAUUAUAUGCUUGAAUGUAUUAUGAGGUGUCAGUGAGAAGGUGACCACCAGGGGGCGCAGAAAUGCUCCCAGUUAAGAGAAAGGAAGGCUUUUAAUGAGCUAUUCUACCUUGUUUCCUGUGGUUUCAGCUUUUUUCAUCUAUUUUCUCUGUUUGGGAGGAAGAUCUUGAGGGCAAGGAGAAAUAAUAUACUUUGGUUGGGCAAGAAGUGUGUCUGAUGUUAGGAUGGAGGAAGUCCAGCAUCUCAUUGCCAGUCCUUUGAGAAGGAUGGAAAUUUCCACCCAGAAGUCAAAGAGAUGACGGAGUCCGAGGGAUGGGGAAAAGAAGGCACAAGGAAAUUUCCAUAACAAAAACUAGGACAGCAUGAGGUGUUUGGGAUGAAGAGAAGUUUCUGAAGCUCCUGCCCACACCUAAAGAACAUGGAAAGGGAAAUAAAGUGUCAAGGGGAUGUGUCUGGGACAAAGCUUCAGGUCUCAGGUUGUACCAAGACUUUUCUCCAGGUUAAACACCCAGAGUUCCUUCGAGGCCAGUUCUCUCACCACUACUCUGCCCCCUUCAGGACAUUUCCUGUAAUGUGCUUUCAAACUUGGACUCGGCACUUGAGAUGUGGUGUGACCAGGUCCUGUGCUAAGGCACCCGGGGAGAGGCCGAAGAAGGGGAGAUACAGAGAGCCGUGACACAUUCUCAGCCCAGGCGCUUGGAGAUCCGCUCCACCGAGGUCUCCCUAACUGGGAUUGGCGAACACUUCCAUUUCCCUAAUAUCCUGUGAAAAGAGUUUUGGACUGAGAAAGAGCUGGGAGGCCUGAGACCUGGGACUGUCUUUGCUUUUGACUUGCUGAGUGAUUUGGGCUCUCUGCCCUCAGCCCCCACCAUGGCCACAGCCAUAGCCCAGAAGCUCAGUCGGUUCUUCCCCAGUGUCCGGCAGCUGGGACAGAUGCCCAGGCUCUUGGGGGAGCUGGCAUCUCCCCUGCCAGACAGUACUGUGGGCCGGGCUGAGGUGCCUCGCCUCUUCUGGAAGCCAUAUAUCUACUCGGGCUACCGGCCCCUGCAUCGCACCUGGCGUUUCUACUUCCUGAGCCUUUUCCAAAAGCACAAUGAGGCCGUCAACGUCUGGACCCACCUGGUGGCUGCCCUGGUGCUGCUUCUGCGCCUGGCAUGCUUUGCAGGUACCGUGGACUUUGUGGGCGACCCCCAUGCCCGGCCCCUCUUCCUCAUUGUCCUCGCCUCUAUCACCUACCUGUUCUUCAGUGCUCUGGCUCACCUCCUUCAGGCCAAAUCUGAGUUCUGGCAUUACAGCUUCUUCUUCUUGGACUAUGUCGGUGUGGCCGUAUACCAGUUUGGCAGUGCCCUGGCCCAUUUCUACUACGCCAUUGAGCCUGCAUGGCAUGCUCGAGUGGCAGCCAUCUUCCUGCCUGCUGCCGCCUUUCUCGCCUGGCUGUCUUGUGCUGGCUCUUGCUAUACCAAGUACCGCCAGUUGCCAGGGCUGCUGGGCCGCAUUUGCCAGGAGAUGCCCUCAGGAUUGGCUUAUGCCUUGGACAUCAGCCCUGUGGUGCACCGCAUCUACGUGGCCCAGGCCUUGGGUCAGGAGGACCCUGCUGUGCUCUACCACAAGUGCCAAGUGGCUUUCUUUCUUCUGGCAGCUGCCUUCUUCUCUGCCUGCUCCCCCGAGAGGUGGUUUCCUGGCAAGUGCCACAUCUUUGGGCAGGGCCACCAGUUGUUCCAUGUCUUUCUGGUGUUGUGCACGCUGGCCCAGCUCGAAGCCGUGGCCCUGGACUAUGAGGCCCGGCGGUCCAUCUAUGAAGGGCUCCACCGCCGUGCCCCCCACAACUUCUCAGCCCUCUUCCUCCUCACCGUGGUCUGUAGCGUCCUCACCGCCCUCUUCCUCAGCCACCGUGUGAAGCAGGAGCUCAGCUGCAAAGAGGACUGAAGCAGUGGGAGGGUGCUGGGUGGAAGGGCCUGGGUCCAGCGUCCAGCUCAGGAGCUAGGAGAGCAAUCAGACUAUCGUAGACGCCCCAGUAAAAUUGUUUGUGUCUGGCCAUUGGUGAAUCUAAGUGCCCCACCCCUUUUCCCAGUUUGAAAGGGGUAGGGGUGGACAGUAGACUUGGACUCUGAAAGGAAGAUGGGGGCAUGGAACUUUAGGAUGCUAGGGUGUUUCUUUGUCUCCUGGUUUGCUAACCCUGGCAGACCCCCUCAUCCUUUCUACCCUCUCCUAUAUUCAUUCUGCACCCAUCCCUCUUUCUGUGGAGCUGGAAGAAAUAGUAAGAGAGGUGAAUAUGAUUAACUUGGCCAGCAGAAGGUAUAGUCAUGGUUCCCCCCCCCCCUUCUCUGAAGUUACUUUGGGUGAGGUGGUUAUGGUAUGUGGGCCCUGUCUUUUGGGCAAAGGGGCAAUGCAUCUGGUGAUAGGUUGGGUCUGAGGCAAAGCCCAGGGCUCUGGAAUUGACGGGGAGGUGAAGACAAUGGAGAACCACAGAUGAAUUUGAGAGUGGGAAAAGAAGUUCUAGGGUGGUCUCAAAGCUCAGUAACCCUCAGUGGUAGAGAGAAAUGGGGAAAAGAGACAUUAGAAGGUUCUUGGGAUUGAGACCUUACGUUCUUUAGGAAAGGGUACCAAACCUUCCUUCUCUCCCAGCAAAGCUUGUGGGCGUUUUUCAGUCUCAGAAGGUGCCACAGGGGUAGUUUGAAGUGAACAACAGAACCAGAAGUUGAUGAGCUGGAGGGCUACAAAACAGCAAUACUGUCUCCCUCCCUGUGGACCCCCUCCCCCCAGUACCCAACCCCUCACUGGAAUGGAACUUUGUGCAGCCUCCUUCCCCAUCCCACUCAGAGCCUAUCCUUUUGAUCCAAAGGUAUUUUCCUUCUUUGGGCUUCAAGCCCAAACCUAGAUGAUAACUUAAGGAUAGAUCUGGCUGGCCACCUCUCCUAGCUGCAGUGGCAUCUCCCCCUCUUCCGGGCCCUGGAAUUACCUGGACUGGCUCAGAUGAUCUCUGCUUAGGUCUUGGCACUGGGCUGAAUUAGGCCAACUUCUCCCUGAGCUGGGGGUAGUGGGGGUGGGGAAUAGAAAUCCUCUCAUCCACCUUCCUCAUUUAAUGAGGAAACUGAGGCCCAGAGAUGAGAACAUACUUGCCCAAAGUCACAUAGCAAUUUAGUGGUAUAACAGGUUAAAACUAAGGUUCUCUGAUUCCCUUUCCCUAUGCUACAGCUGUCUGCUUACUCUUCUUCCGGGGAGGGUCUCAGAUCUUUUCAUUGUGGCCCUGAGAACUGAUUUGAGGGUUGUUCAGGGGACAAACUGCUGUCCUUCAGAGCCAGGGGAGACCUGCUGCUACUGCUGCUAUGUGCCGCAGAGUGUGAGAGCAGGCCAGGAAGAGAUCCAGGCCCUCAGACUUAAUAAAACUGCCCUGACCACAACUUCCUGCCUCCUCUCCCUUGGUCACCAGCCCCAUAGAGAAGUCCAGGAGGUUGGAAGGAGGAAGGUCAGCUCUUUCUUGAGAUACUGACCUGGUUGGGCAGCAUGGGGCAGGGCUUCUUCUUCAGUGAUUUUCCAGGCCCAUUGCCUGGACUGCAAUGGGCCUUAAUAAAUGUUAACUGAAUUUGAA